GAGAGAGAGAGAGAGAGAGAGAGAGAGAGAGAGAGAGAGAGAGAGCUGCCUUAUAGCUGCUAAGACUACGGACAGAAAUAGCACAACCACUGUGAGCUGUGCGCGACUCAUUUUAUCCAAGACCACAUUUUAUCUACUUUCAUUAAUCAGUUGCUCAGAAAGAAGGAAAUGACAUCUGGUCCAUUCUUCUUCUGCAUCUUCAUUAUUGGAAAAUAUUUCGCUCCUGGGAGUGCACAGAAUGUCAGCUGUCCCCUCGGCUCCUUCCCCUGUGGGAACAUCACCAAGUGCUUGCCUCAGCAGCUCCACUGCAAUGGUGUGGAUGACUGUGGGAACCAAGCUGAUGAGAAAAACUGUGGAGACAACAAUGGGUGGUCUCUACAAUUUGACAAAUACUUUGCUGCUUACCACAAACUGAGUUCCACGAAUCCCUUAGCGGUGAAAUCUUCUGAAUGCUUGGUUGGCUCUGUGCCCAUGCAUUGUUUGUGCCGAGAUCUAGAACUUGACUGUGAUGGAGCCAAUUUACGAGCUGUCCCGUCAGUUUCUUCCAAUGUGACUGUAAUGUCCCUGAAGAGGAACUUCCUGAGAGCACUUCCUCCCAACGGCUUCAGAAAGUACCAUGAGCUCCAAAAGCUGUGCCUGCAAAACAACAAGAUUCGCUUCGUGUCGGUCUCCGCUUUCAGAGGACUGCACAGCCUCACUAAGCUGUACCUCAGUCAUAACCGAAUAACCUUCCUGAAACCAGGAGUUUUUGAAGACCUCCACAGACUGGAAUGGCUGAUAAUUGAAGACAAUCACCUCAGUCGAAUUUCCCCACUCACAUUUUACGGACUAAAUUCUCUUAUUCUCUUAGCGCUGAUGAAUAAUGUCCUCACCCGUUUGCCUGACAAACCCCUCUGUCAGCAUAUGCCCCGGCUACAUUGGCUGGACUUUGAAGGCAACCACAUCCAUAAUUUAAGAAAUUUGACUUUUAUCUCCUGCAAUAAUUUAACAGUCUUGGUAAUGAGGAAAAACAAAAUUAAUCACAUAAAUGAACAUGCAUUUACACACCUCCAGAAACUAUAUGAACUGGAUUUGGGAAUCAAUAGGAUUGAAAUUCUUCCACCGAACGUAUUUAAGGACCUGAAGGAGCUGUCACAAUUAAAUAUUUCCUAUAAUCCAAUCCAGAAAAUUGAAGUAAAUCAAUUUGAUUAUCUUGUGAAACUGAAGUCUCUCAAUCUAGAGGGAAUUGAGAUUACAAAUAUCCAACAAAGGAUGUUUAGGCCUCUCGUGAAUCUCACUCACAUAUAUUUUAAGAAGUUCCAGUACUGCGGAUACGCGCCACAUGUGCGCAGCUGUAAGCCCAACACAGAUGGGAUUUCAUCCUUUGAGAACCUCUUGGCGAACAUCAUCCAGAGAGUCUUCGUGUGGGUCGUGUCUGCCGUCACCUGCUUUGGAAACAUUUUUGUCAUUUGUAUGCGACCAUACAUCAGGUCUGAGAACAAGCUGCAUGCCUUGUCCAUCAUUUCUCUCUGCUGCGCUGACUGCCUAAUGGGAGUGUAUUUGUUUGUGAUCGGAGCCUUCGACCUCAAGUUUCGGGGAGAGUACAACAAGUAUGCCCAGCCGUGGAAGGAGAGCGCCCAUUGUCAGUUCAUGGGGUCUCUGGCCAUUCUGUCCACGGAAGUAUCCGUUUUACUGUUAACGUUUCUGACGCUGGAAAAGUACAUCUGCAUUGUGUAUCCUUUCCGGUGUUUAAGGCCCCGGAAGUGCAGAACCAUCACAACUCUGACUUCCAUCUGGAUUAUUGGGUUUGUGGUGGCCUUUGCUCCGCUCAGCCAUAAGGGAUUCUUCAAAAACUACUAUGGCGCCAACGGAGUGUGCUUUCCUCUCCAUUCAGAAGACUCGGGAAGUACUGGAGCCCAGAUUUAUUCAGUGGUGAUUUUUCUCGGUAUUAACCUGGUGGCAUUUAUCAUCAUCGUGUUCUCCUACGGCAGCAUGUUUUACAGUGUUCAUCAGAGUGCCAUAACAGCAGCUGAAAUACAGAAGCAAGUCAAGAGGGAGAUGAUCCUCGCCAAGCGCUUUUUCUUGAUUGUGUUUACAGACGCAUUAUGCUGGAUUCCCAUUUUUAUUCUGAAAUUUCUUUCACUGCUUCAGGUGGAAAUACCAGAUACUAUCAGCUCUUGGGUGGUGAUUUUUAUUCUGCCUAUCAACAGUGCUUUGAACCCAAUUAUCUAUACUUUGACCACCAGACCUUUCAAGGAAAUGAUCCAUCAACUCUGGUACAACUACAGACAAAGAAGGCCUGCUGACCGAAAGGGGACUCAGAAGGUAUAUGCUCCAUCAUUCAUCUGGGCGGAAAUGUGGCCCUUGCAGGAGAUGCCCACUGAGUUCAUGAAGCCAGUGGUUUUCACAGACCCCUGCGAUCUGUCACUAGUUUCUCAGUCAUCUAGACUCAAUUCUUACUCAUGACUGGCUCUGGAAAACAUUCUCAGAGAAUACUGUGAAGUGCUUCUAGACAAAUUUGCCGAUAUGAAGUAUAUACCACCAAAUGUGUAACUUAUGGUUAAGACAAGUUCACUUAGAGUGACCAAGGCGGGGAAAGAUAGCUGGUGUUCACACAAAGAGAAAUAAUUACACCGACAAUGUGUGCAUGCAUAUCAGUACAUAUUUGCAUAGGAAACGAAGGAAAUCUAUUUCUAGCAUGCAUUUAUGCACACUGCAUGGAGAUAAAGUGCUGGGCACACGCAAUACAAAGCCUUUUUAUCUUCAUAUUGUCUUUAACAACUAAGCGCAAAUUCUGCCCACAGCUCCUAGAUUCCUCUGUUAUGCAUAUCAGCAAACAUAAGACCCAUAGACAUUUUAAAAUUAAAGUCUCAAGUUUUAUCAUGCUCAAAAAUAACAGCAUCAGGUAACAUGCGCAGAGACAGGGAGAUGCUUAGCAGAUAAAAGUGAUGACUAUACAAGCAUGCUGGCCUGAGCUCAGUAUCCGGAUCCCAUGCAAAGGUGGAAGGAGAGAACAGACUCUGGGAAACUGUCCUUUGACCUCGACUCAUGUGACAUGCCAUGUGUGUCCACACAUGCGCAUCACACACACACACACACACACACACACACACACACACACACGGGGUGUGAUAGAGCAUACCUGUAACCCCAGUGCUGGGGAGGGAGGCAGAGACUGGAGGGUCCCCAAGGCUUGCUAACUAGCUAUUGGGAAGACACUCAACGUCAGCCUCUGACUUCCGCACACACGUGUGUGCUCACCCCUAUAUACAACAGACACACACAGAUAAAGGAGGAAGGCAAGCUUUGCUACAAACUCAGAACCAGCGCUUUUCUGUCACUCCCGACCCGUUUUCUUUUGCCUUCGCUUUAAGUGAGCAUCACAUGAGCAAACGAACAGGACAGCAGGUAGGAAUAUUGCAAAGCCGGAAAAGGGAGGAUGAGGGCGUUUGAAUCAAUGCAAGUCCAAUUCAGAGAAGAAAUAAGCCUUCAUGUCUCAACCAACUGGUUAUUUAAAAGGGUGACAAGACACAUGUACCCUAACAAAACUAAAUCAAGAGGAUAUAAACAACUCAUAUCCACAACCAGCAAGCAAAACUCUAAAGAAAGCCUAACGCCAAUGCUCCUCCAACCGUCCCUCAGAUGGGAAGUGAAGGGCACCAGCAAACUCACUCUAUGAACCCGGCACAGCCCUGAUCAAAACCAGAUACGAGUGCAACAAAAGAAUAAAAACUAUCCACCAAUUUCCUGGCAAAUAUAGAUGCAAAGAUUCUCAGUAAACACCCCAAAUCAAAGUCAAGAACAGGCUGGGAAAAACCUCACACCAUGAACAACUUUGUGUCAUCCGUUUCAUCCAGUGAUACAAGCUUGUUAGUCAAAUACACACAAAUCAACAAAGCUAAUAUAACACAAAAGUAGAAAAGGAUAGAUCUCAUAUGAUUAUUUCAAGAGACACACACAAAAAAAGGUCUUUGGCAAAAUUCAACAUCCUUCAUGAUAAAAGUCCUGUAGAAACUGAGAAAGGGACAGAUGCUGGCAUAAUAAAGUUAUAGCUGACUGGACUAAAUGGGAAGCGGAUGAAGGCGUUUCCUCUAAAGUAGGGAAUGCGACAGGAGGGCUACUCAGGGGCCCCACAAGUGUUGCGGGUGGAGAAUGAAACUCAGCACUGAGUUUUCAGGUGCUGGGCCACAACUUCCAGCAUCUGACCUUAUUUGUUUUUUCUUACACACGGUAAAACUUUGGACAGAGGUUUCCAAGUGACAGUGAUCCCAACACAGCCUGAGGCACAGCUACACAGAAACUCCCUAGCAAAGCAGCAGAGCACCAGUGAUGAGUUCAGUGAUAAACAGUGCUCCUGCCUCAGGCCUAAGGAGGAGGGAGCUGUAAUAAGCAAAAGGGCAGUUUCUAUUGGUGGAGGCUGCAGAGUACCUGGGACUUCUUUUAUAAGGAUGGGUUCUAGUCUCUGAGAGACAAAGCUCAGGAUUGGAGCCUAAACAAUGCCCAGGAUUGGGGGGGAAGGGGGGUUGUAUGGAGAUUCAGGAAGACUGGCUUCAUAGAAUAGCAAAAACAUCACCAGGUUGUCAAGACAACAUUCACUCCAGCCUUCCGGUGACCAAGCAUCAGUCCUUUGGAGCAAAUAGGCCUCUGUGUUUAACAAUUCUGGUUCCUCCAAUGCCUUCUUUAAGCUGUGCUUCCUAGAAGUGCCCACUUCCAUAAUUCCCUGUUGGGGAAGUCCUGUGCAUUUGUCAAUAAAGCACUGUCUGGCCAAUAGGGAAUCUAGAUAGGAGGGACUAGAAGUCCAGAAGGACUCUGGGUAAGAGAAACACAAUAUUCAAGAUGUGAC